ACGCAACUACAGUCAAAACAUUUACACCUACUACUAAUAAUACAAUGUACAACGCAACUACAACCAAAAGAUUUACACCUACUACUAAUGAUACAACAGUAUACAACGCAACUACAGCUGAAACAUUUACACCUACUCCUAAUAAGACUUUGGAGUACAAUGUAACUACCACUGCAACAUUUACACCCAAUCCCAGUCGCAACACAUCUUCAGAGGCAUUCACAGCUUACAACAAAACUACACCUACACCUAAUCGCACAACAGUGAACAAUGUAACCUCAGCUAACACACUCAUAGACUCUCUAAAUCACACAACAAUAUAUAAUACAACUACAACAAUCACACCUCCUCCCAAUGCAACUACAGUGGAGAGUAGACAUCUGCACAACAGCUCAGUCACAACAAGUAACACAACAGUUGCAACAAACUACACUACAGUUAGCACAUUUACCCCAUCUCCUAAUCACACAAUGGGAUACAACGUUACAGCUGGGAUACUAAAUGACACAACAGUGUAUAAUGUAACUACAGCUGACAACAACAGGCUAUUAAAUAGUUCAGUCACACCUGGUUCAUUAAACAGUACGCUUACUCCGUCUCCUGAUUACACUGUUUCGUACAGUACAACAACAGAGGCAAAUAACUACAUAACAGCACAUAAUAAAAAUAUCACCACUGCUACUACAACAAACAUGGAAACACGACAAACUACAGAUACUCCUAACAGCUUCACGUCUGCUGCUGCUGGAAAAAUUAAUGAAACUAUUUACAGUGUGACAACAACAAAAAACUUCACCCUAAACAGUGUGACUUCUGUUGACGCUAACACCACUGAACCCACGUCGGCACCAAUGAACAACAACUUUACAGCGAAUUACACAACUGUAAGUGUGGUUCGGAACAUGACAACAACCACUGAAAGUAACACCACCUCAACCAGUCCCACCACAAAUCUUAAUGCAAGCGCAGAUGGCCUCGGUCUAAUUCCUGGUUUUAAUCUAACAACAAGCGUACCGGAAGGCAGUUCAGCUACUUCAGCAACAACAUAUUCUCAUAAGCAUACAACUGCAUCUGCAACCACAAAUAUUUCGACCAUGCAUAAUCUACCACCAGCCCAGGAGGACACCACCACAACUACUACUACUACUACUACUACUGCUGCUGCUGCAACUACUGUCAAAACCACCACACCCACCAGCACUGCUACAUCAAAACCUGGUACUGGAUUGACUACGACAACUGCAGAAAAGACCACAGAAAGCCAAGAGGAAAAGGAUGAAGAUGCAAACAACCUGUUGAAUCAAACACAGAAUGUGUCUCAGCUCAACUCUUCUCAGGUGGGGCAGUUAGUGGGACAGCUGGAGAAGCUCCUGGAUGGUCCCACCGUCUCUCGGACAGUGGGAAAAAAGGCAAUAAACAUAAUCAGCAACCUGAUGGAGGGGAGCUCUGAGGCACUUUCUGCAUCUGCAAACAGGCUGAUCCAUAUUGUCGAUAACUUGGGCGUUAAACUGGUUGUUGCUGGUGAAAGCGAGAUCCUGUCAUCGAAUUCUCUCGCUCUGGCAGUCAGAACAGUAGACGCUAAUAACUUCCCAUCAUCUUCUCUCAACAUCUUCGGCACUGAUAAUAUUCAGCUUGGUGGACUUGGCAGGUCCAGAACCUCAGAAGCUCCUCUCGGGUCUGUUUUCCUACCGUCCUCCCUCAUCGAAGGCCUGAGUCCUGAAGAUCAGCGUCAGGCCAGUAGGGUCCAGUUCACCUUCUACAGUAAAAGUACCCUCUUCCAGGAUUCAACAUUAAACAACCAAACCCUUGUCAGUCCAGUCCUGGGCUCCAGUGUGGCCAAUCUGUCCAUACACAACCUCAGAGAGAAUAUUAAAUUUGCCAUCAGAAAUGGUCAACCUGUUAAUUCUACCUUUAAGGCCUCUUGUGUGUUUUGGGAUUUUACCCUAAAUGGUGGACGAGGAGGCUGGAGUUCUGACGGCUGCUUUGUCGUCAAUGCCACAUCUGAACAGACAUACUGCAGCUGCAACCAUCUCACAUCUUUUGCAAUACUGCUGGAUUUGUCCCGAGAAGGAAUAAGUGACCGUCAGCAGGCACAAAUACUCACUUUCAUCACCUACAUCGGCUGUGGAGUGUCUGCUGUGUUCCUCGCCAUCACCUUACUGACAUACCUGUCCUUUGAAAAACUGCUCCGGGAUAUUCCUGCCAAAAUCCUGGUUCAGCUGUGCAUGUCCCUCCUCUUCCUGAACCUGGUCUUCUUGAUGGACGGUUGGCUGGCGCUCUACCAGGCGACCGGGCUGUGCAUUAGCACCGCCUUCUUCCUGCACUACUUCCUGCUGACAUCAUUCACCUGGGCGGGGCUUGAGGCCUUGCACAUGUACCUGAGUAUCGUGCGGGUUUUCACCCCCUACCUCAGCAGAUACAUGCUGAAGUUCUCACUCAUGGGCUGGGGAAUUCCUCUUAUCAUCGUGGUCAUCAUAAUAGCAGUGGACAAAGACAACUAUGGUCUGGUUACAUAUGGGAAAUACACAGACGGCACUACAGAUGACUUCUGUUGGCUACGUAAUGACAUAGCCUUCUAUGUUGGCGUGGUGGCAUACUUCAUCCUGAUCUUCGCUCUGUGCUUGCUGGUCUUCAUCGUCGUCAUGGUCCAACUGGCCCGGAUCAAGCGGCAGAACCCUCAGAACCAGUCUCCAAACAGGGGAGUGAUGACUGACCUGCGGAGCAUCGCUGGCCUCAUCAUCCUCCUGGGUCUAACCUGGGGCUUCGCUCUGUUUGCAUGGGGACCCCUGUACAUGCCAUUUGUUUACCUUUUCUCCAUAUUUAACUCUCUGCAAGGUUUCUUCGUCUUUGUUUUCCACUGUGCCGUUAAGGAGAAUGUCCGCAGGCAGUGGAGAACAUAUCUGUGCUGUGGAAAACUGCGACUGGCUGAAAACUCAGAAUGGAGUCGGACCGCCACCCAGAACAAGAGUCUGUCGGUCCCUAUGGCAACCACAUCAGCUCCCCAUCUCACCUCUCGCAGUUCUUCUGUAAUCAGCGACGCCACCAACAGCAGCGGCUCCGUGUUAGCAGACAGCGGGGUAUCUGAUGGUUCCAACAGCGACGUGGUCCUCAACGAGAUCCACAGACGCAACAUGUCACUGCGGGCCGAGCUCUGACAUCUGCGUCAAACGUUCGUCUGUGAUUACAGCAAUUAUCUACCCUGCAGAGGGCUCAUUGAUCUGUAGAUCAAGUGAAAAAGAAAAAGCAAAUCACAGGAGAAGUGACGCGGGGCUUCCAAACAGUCCUCAGCCUUCUGUUACAUGAUGAAGUUUAACCCUCCAAGACCCAAAAGCAUCUACUCAUCAAACACGCUUCAUAACUUUUGAACCGCUAAUCCUAUCAAUACAGUGAAAUAAUCCAGGUAAAAUGCAGUUUCAGCAGCAUCUGAUGUCUUUUUUCAGAUGCAUCCAUAGUCUCUGUAGUGAACAUCAGUGGAAAUAUUGUUUUCUGCAACACUGUUUAACAUAGUUUGACAAUAGACAAUGGUUGUAUAUGCUUAAUUUUAAGUACAAUUGAUAUCUUUUUUUGGAAAAAAAUAAGUUUCUUUCAAUUUUGUGUUUUGUUACAAUAACCUUUGAAUUUACAGAGUUUUUAUUACCACCUACAUGGUCAGAGAAUUAAAUAUAGGAAAAUGUGAUUUUCACUGAAUAAUGCA